CUUUAAGCCGCUAUUUCGGAUGAAGCCGAAGCUCCGAAUUGCUGCACGGCAAGCAGUUCGGCAAACUCUCCGCGCGGGGUAAGUUACACGCGAACACCCCGGUCUCCGAGGAAGAGAAGUCGCGUCUCGAAUGUGUCUCAACCAAACGAUUGAGACACUGUGGCAUGUUUGGCAUUGGAAACGCGCCUGUUGCAUUGUUGCCAACGCAGACACUUCUUCAUCGUCGUCUGUAAUCAUCCAUCUUCACAACUCGCAGCACGAUCAUCGCCAACAACCUUCAGAUGGCCUGGGAUCUGCUGCGCGGGGACUUCAACCCCCUCGGCUGGACGAGUCAGUGGCUGGGCCAUGCACCAUUAGAUCUGUCCCUCAAAUGCAACUCGAGCUCAUUGUCGCUGCCCGAGAUACCCGGAGUGAGCGUGCUCUCUGUCAGCGCGAAUGAGCAACGCAACCACACCUAUGAGCCUCCCGUCUCUCCGGGUCUGCCGUCAAGCGAUACUCUACGGGACCUGAACUUUUGCAACAUCACAGUCACGUACACGCACCCCGGAUGGAACGACACUAUCCAUGUCAACGCCUUGCUUCCCACUGAGAAUUGGAACUCCAGGUUCCUGGGCAUCGGAGGGGGCGGCCUGGUCACGGGCGGAGGCAUCUUUUCCCACUUCAUGAUGCUCCCGUUCAUGGCAUCAGGGUUUGCUGUAGCAACUACCGAUGGCGGGCACUCGUCAGACCCCAGCGAGGCCAUGCCGCAUGAAAGCUCGUGGGCUUUGACCGCUCCUGGAACCGUGAACUGGCCUCUUCUCAUCGACUUUGCCUCCCAAGCGCUUCACGACACCGCCACCAUCGGAAAGGCGGUCACGGAGGCAUUUUAUGAGACGCCUCCCAAAUACUCGUAUUUCCAUGGCGCGUCCACCGGCGGAAGGCAAGGCCACAUGCUCGCGCAGCGAUAUCCGCAGGACUACGACGGCAUCAUCGCCCUUUUCCCUGCCAUCAACUGGAUGAACUUCCUGUGGUCCAGCAUAUGGCCCAAGUUCGUCAUGGACCAGUUGCGCGUCUACCCCCGACCCUGCGAAGUCGACGCCAUUACAGCUGCUGCUGUGGCUGCUUGCGACAAGUUGGAUGGCGUGGAGGAUGGGAUCAUUUCAAAACCAGCGCUCUGUGACUUUGACGCACAUUCCGUCAUUGGACAGACCAUCGACUGUGAUGGGGUUGACGUUGCCAUCUCAACUGCAGCUGCGGAUGUGGUGAGCAAGACAUGGGCUGGACCCCGUAGCGCUACAGGGGAGUUCCAGUGGUACGGAUUCAACAAGGACACUCAUAUGACGCGACCGCGCUUUGGACCUAUCCUGACUAAAUGCACCAAAGAAGGCUCUUGCGAGGGACAAACGUUUGCUGUCUCUAACGUCUGGGCUCGAUACUGGGUCGUGAAGGACCCUAGUUUCGACAUGUCUACCAUCACCCACGAGCAGUGGGACGACCUCACACACGCUUGCAUCGAAGAAUACGAAUCCAUCGUCGGCACAUCCAACCCGAACCUAUCUGCGUUCAAGAGGAGGGGCGGCAAGAUGGUCAACUGGCACGGAAUGGUAGACCCUGCCAUUCCCGUCAAUGGAAGCACCGAUUACUACGACCGAGUCUUGAAAAAGGAUCCAGACGCCUCGGACUACUAUCGUCUUUUCCUAGCGCCCGGCGCCGGACAUUGCUUCGGCUGCGGGCCGACUCCCCCACUUACGAUGGACUAUAUCGUAGACUGGGUAGAGAAGGGCAUAGCGCCCGAGACCUUGCGAGCUUCAGGACCGGAUGGAAAUGGCGUCGCAGUGGAGAGGGAUCUUUGCAUGUAUCCUCGGGUUCAACAUUACGUGGGAGGUGAUGCGACAGUUCCGUCCUCGUUUGCCUGUGUCUAGAGCACCUUCAAAAAUUGUACAAGACUUGAUAUGGCCCACGAAGAUCGCACAGCUAGACUGAACACUUCUUAAGAGUGUUGAUCAACAAAUGGUUUCAGUGGAAUUUCGUUAGGGGUUAGUAAACAUUGGAUUAUUCUUCUCAACGAAGUUGGAUAACCCUUUGAUCAUAUCCUUGAGAAAAUAGAACGUGAAAUGUAUUAAA